CACUCUUGACUGAAACGUCUUCACCCACCAUCUGCCUUAAGAUCUCUUUCCUCCCCUGCUAAAUUUGAGAGAGAGAAAGUUCAGAGACUUGAAUAGACUCUGAGAGAGAGAGCGAGAUCUAAUGGAGUACGAGAGGAUACACAAAGUUCAGGUUUUCAUCAACUCAGAAUAUUUACUUGGGCGGGUGAUUGAAUUUUUCCAUUGGGGAAGCUGAGGAGACUGGUAUUAUUUCUCCAAGUAAGCUGAGGAUGAAGCUCAUUGGGUCUCACAAUCAUAAAAAAAAGGAUGGAUCAAAUGGUAACUCUGCGAGAACUUCUCCUUCCAAGCUUGAGGAUUCCGAGUUUGUGAAGAACAGCUUGUUAGCCUCCGAUAGUGGAGACUUUGAUGAAGUUACAUCUUCCAGCUUAGAAGUUCCCUCAUUGAAGUUGUCAAGUGAGGCAGUCUUAAGCCAGACUUCUUGCCCGCAGAAAGAGUCAUUGCAGAAGGAAAAUGGUGACAUGGGUCGCGUUAAAAUGCAGCAGUUUUCAAAAUGUGAAAAUGGUCAUUUAAGCACAAUUCAUCCUAUGAAAGCCAUAGAAGAUGAAAAUCUUGAUUACGAUAGCAAUGCUAGCUCAUCUAGUUUUGAGUUUCACAAGGGGGAGAGAUCAGCACACAAUCCCUUUACAAGAUCGCUGUUCAGACCCAUGCCAUCAAAGUGGAAUGAUGCCGAGAAAUGGAUAAUGAAUAGGCAAAAUGUACAAGCUCAUUAUUCCAAAAAGAAUUGCUCACAAAACCAAACAAAUCGGUUGCCAGUGACAAAUACCGUAAGGGUUGCUUCAGAGUCUGCUAAUUAUGAUCCUAAGUUUGCAGUUAGCAGAACAGCAGAGACAAAGAGAGUUGAUUUCUGUCAACCUGCGUCGCAUGUGGGGCCUGAGAAGUUCUCUUUUGUUCCCACUGGUACUCACCCCAUUUUGGAUCAAGUCUAUAGUGAGGACUUGAAGGAAGUUGGUCAUAGGGAUUUAACCUGCACAGAAAGCUCAACAGAAGAAAUGACAGGCACUCCUGCCAUAAGAUCAGUCUCAAUGAGGGACAUGGGAACAGAAAUGACCCCUGGCACAAGUCUAGAGCCUUCAAGGACUGCUACUCCUGUAGGGGCAACAACCCCACUCCGCAGCCCAACUUCCUCAAUUCCAUCUACUCCCCGAAGAGGUGCACCUGCUUCCACACCUGUGGAGAACACCACCGAUGAGGAGUCCCAGAAUCCAACAGGAAAAAGCAAAAAAGAAUUGUCAGAAGAAGAACUGAAGCUCAAGACAAGGAGAGAAAUCGUAGCCCUUGGUGUCCAGCUAGGUAAGAUGAAUAUAGCUGAAUGGGCAAGUAAGGAUGAGCAAAAGAAAAAACCUUGUGCUGAAACAGUUGAUACGGGGGCGCUUGAACGGAUUGAGUAUGAGAAACGUGCAGCUGCGUGGGAGGAAGCUGAAAAGUCUAAACACACGGCAAGAUAUAAGCGUGAGGAAAUCAAAAUCCAGGCAUGGGAAAGUCAGCAGAAGGCAAAACUAGAAGCAGAGAUGCGGAGAAUAGAGUCCCAAGUUGAACAAAUGAGAGCCCAAGCUCAAGCGAAGAUGGUGAAGAAGAUUGCAAUGGCAAGGCAAAGAUCAGAAGAGAAACGAGGUGCAGCUGAAGCCAGAAAAAAUAGCGAGGCAGAAAGAACUGCAGCCCAAGCAGAAUAUAUUCGUCAAACAGGGCAUUUGCCAUCUACAAAUUAUAUCUGUUGUGGUUGGCUGACAUAAACCAGAAACAAAAAAGAGAACGGAAAUCCUUCAUAUAGUAACUUUGCCGAAGUAGCCUCCCCCUUGUAGUCUGUUUCGGAGAGAAUUCUUGACCCAGCAGAGUGUUGUUUUCUCAACAUGAAAUUUACUAAGCAACCCCAGUGUGUAAGUUGUUAUAUGGACUGAAUUUACAAUUUAUGCAUUGAAAAAGUCAUUGAAUUGUUCA